AUGAUUCAAGACAUCGAUCUCUUGUCUCGCACACACAUAGAUGAAGGAGCCAAGUACUGCGGUCUUGACGUCAAGGAAACAGCAAGCAAGAUCUUAGUUGAAUAUCUUGCCAAGAAAGUUAUGGGUGAAAUGGAGCCAGAGGCGGCAAAAGAACUCACACUAUGUUGGAGACAUUUUCCAAAAGGGUGGUUUCGAUUCUCAUGGAACAUUCCAGGGAAUGGUUUCUAUCGAAUGAUGAAGCACUACAGGAAAAAAGAGUAUUCUUAG